AUGUUGAUUAGUCGUAAUGAGCUAUUGUUUCCGGUGGAUGACGAAAGUUCAUCGAGUGAUACUGAAGAUAAUGAUGGGAAUGUUAAAGAGAAGAUAACAUUGAGGAAUGCAGUGAAAUUUCGUUGUUCUUCUGAUACUGAGGAAACUGGAACAGAUGAUUUAUUUGUUCUGGAUACCGAUGGUAUUAGUAAUAUCAAUACAAACAUUGUUAAAAAGCCACUCUUUUCAACAAAAUACAAUGAGGCAAAUAACAAAGUACCGAUUACUGAUUCAAUUUUGGAUGAGACAACAAAAGAGCUACUAUCAAAAAGCAUCAUUAAACCUGGGUUUGAAAAAUACCUCGGUGAAGCACAUGUACCGAUAUCUUGGCGAGCACUGAAGAGACAAAGAAAGAUGCAUCGAGAGCGUACGAAAGGUGAUGCCUGGUAUAACCUCCCAGCAAGUGAAAUGACCGAAGAAAGGGAGCGUGAUUUGGAAAUUAUUCAAAUGAGAAAUUCUCUAGAUUCGAAAGCUCAUUACAGAAAGAAUGAUCGUUCCGUGUUACCAAAAUAUUUCCAGGUUGGCACUAUCAUUGAAACAAAAGCAGAUUUCUAUUCAUCUCGCGUGCCAAAGAAGCAGCGUAAGAGGACAAUUGUUGAAGAACUUCUGGCAGACACCGAUUUACAAACUAAGCAGCGUAAGAAAUAUCAGGAAAUAAAAGCUCGAGAAGCAAUUACAAAACGUGGAGCCUUUCAACGUUCUUCAUAUCCGAAAAGACGGAAAUUCAAACGGAAUGCCAAAGUUUAA